AAAAAAGAGAGAGAAAAGAAGAAAAAAACACACUCAACCCACCUCUCCCCGUUCAUUGAUUAAGAUUGACAUUCCGAUUCCGUUGAACGUCAAAAUACUUGUGCGAACCAUCACCGCCGCCGUCGAAUUCGUCUGUUCGUUUGUGCGUUUGUCGUGUCCGGAAAACCCGCGGUCCUUUGUUUUUUUCGUUCGUCGUUGCAUGCACCAGCGUAUCUGCACCCCGUACGCGCUUACAGUGCAGUGCACACACGGUGCGGCCAGACAUCAGUCGCGUCCAUGACAAUAACAACGCGAUACGCGCGCUUCGACAUUGCCGCUGCCUCGUCUCCAUCUACGUCGCCGUACCCGUCGUUUCCCGUCGUACCGUAGGGAAACCGUUCUCGGCCACAUACGUGUCCGCUGCCGACCAGAACAGAGCCAUCGCCACUAAAGUGCGCCGCUGAUUACCGUCCACACAGCCGCCGUCAUGGGACCGAAAAUCGUUUGCCUGGUGGUCGUCUGCGUUUUUCUCGUGCACAACGUGCUUGCCGAAUCUGAUAAAAAUAUUUCAUCUACUAAACCGUUAAAACCAUCAAAGGAAGAAUUAUUUAUUGAUGAUGAAUCUGAAAAUUCAGAUGAUAGUGAUACCGAUAAAUUAGAUGCUGAUGAUAUGAUGCUAGGUGAAGAAGGUAGUGGUAUGAGUCCAUCAUCAAAAGGAACAGGAGCUGAAGACAUGGAAUCUAGUGGAUCUGGCUAUGGACCUGAUGAUGAAGAUGCACAAGUUAGUGGUAAGAACAAAGGUAAAUCAGGAGUUGAUUCUGAAGAAGAUGAAGAAGAUAUGGAUGAUGGUGAUGAUGAAGAUGAUGAUGAUAACGAAGAUUUUGAUACUGAAAAUCCACAUAAGAUGUUUAGUCCUGUAACUACUGCAUCAACUACAACUACAACAGUUAAAAGUCAUGGUGAAGAAUCUAUUUUCCCUGAACAGCCUAAACAGAACAUUAAUGAUGUCAAUCUGGCACCAAGUGUACCUAGUGUGCCUGAAGUACCUCAAACUACAUCUACGUCUACUCUUCCACCACCUCCUUCCAAUGCUAUCGAUGAACAUUCUAGCAGUAAUGGAGUCUAUAUAAGUCCAAACAGCCACCCUGAGCGAACAUCUUCAUUUUUUGCACAACCUGGCAUACUUGCAGCUGUUAUUGGAGGUGCCGUUGUGGGAUUGUUGUGUGCAAUUCUAGUGGUUAUGUUCAUUGUAUACAGGAUGCGUAAAAAGGAUGAAGGUUCUUAUCCUUUAGAAGAAACCAAACGUUCUCCAGCCACAAACCCAUACCUAAAAUCUUCACAUCGCGAAUUUUAUGCAUGAGUACACUUUUAAAUUGGUUUUUAUUUGAGCCUAUGAACAUAGUAUACGUUAUAAUAAUAAUAAUAUUGUUUUAUCACCUUUUUCCCCAUAAGACAAUUCGACUAUUCCAAAGGCAGUUAUGACUUCUAGUCAAACAUACAUUUAUAUAUGUAUAUAUAUAUAUAUAUAUAUAUAUAAAUGAUAAAUAGAGUUUCAUCAUAAAUUAA